GGUGCUCACACGAGCUGAUCUCAUCGCAGGCGACAUCACUCGGGAGACCGGCCGGGCGCGUGGCCCGCGCAGGCGAGGCGAGGAGGCGAGGCCAAGUUCCCCGUGCGCUCCUGAGCCCUCCCAGGCCCUCGCGCCCGCAGCCGGCACCGAGUAACUCCGGGCCGUGACCGUAAGUGCGCCCUGGUGGCCCUGCCCUGUCGGCACAGGCUCCUGCCCUCCAAGCGCCUCCCCGUCCGUCCCUCGGUCCUGCGCAGCGCCACGAUGCCCGCCCCGCUGGAGACCACCUGCCUCUCAGACCUCGACUGUGCCAGCAGCAGCAGCGACCUGCCGGGUUUCCUCACCGACGAGGAAGACUGUGCCAGGCUCCCGCCGCCCGCCUCCGCCUCGGGGUCGCCUGCGCCGGCCCGCAGGGGAGCACCCGGGAACUCGGGGGCCCCGGACGUUGCGGGGGCGCAGGACAACGAGCAGGAGCGGCGGCGGCGCCGGGGCCGCGCGCGGGUGCGCUCCGAGGCGCUGCUGCACUCGCUGCGCAGGAGCAGGCGCGUCAAGGCCAACGACCGCGAGCGCAACCGCAUGCACAACCUGAACGCGGCGCUGGACGCCCUGCGCAGCGUGCUGCCCUCGUUCCCCGACGACACCAAGCUCACCAAGAUCGAGACGCUGCGCUUCGCCUACAACUACAUCUGGGCCCUAGCCGAGACCCUGCGCCUGGCGGAUCAAGGGCUGCCCGGGGGCGCCGCCCGGGAGCGCCUCCUGCCGCCGCAGUGCACGCCCUGCCUGCCCGGGCCCCCGAGCCCCACCAGCGACGCGGAGUCCUGGGGCUCCGGGGCCGCCGCCUCCCCCUGCGCCGCGGCCGCCUCGCCGCUCUCUGACCCCAGUAGCCCCGCCACCUCCGAAGACUUCGCCUAUGGCCCCGGCGACCCCCUUUUCUCCUUUCCAGGCCUGCCCAAAGACUUGCUCCACACGACGCCCUGUUUCAUCCCUUUCCACUAGAGCCUUUGCGGGUACCUUUACCUUCCGCCUCCCUCGCCCAACAGGCAAUAGAUGCGGCCCCCACUCGGGGCGGAGGGAGGAAGGGGAGCUGUAAAGAGGUGGGGGAUACCUGAGCAGCCAGCCAGGUCCCGCACCCUCCUGCGCUGCCUCCCGGUCUGUUUCUCCAGCCCGCGGCCCGCCCGGGCCCCUCCCGCCAGCCCGCCCCUAGCCGGCCUUUCCUUUUGCACUUUCUGAACUCCACAAAACCUCCUUUGUGGCUGGCUCAGAACUCACCCCAGCCACCACUUCAGUGUGAUUUAGAAAAGGGACAGGUCAGCCCCUGAAGACGAGGUGAAAAGUCAAUUUUACAAUUUGUAGAACUCUAAUGAAGAAAAACGAGCAUGAAAAUUCGGUUUGAGCCGGCUGACAAUACAAUGAAAAGGCUUAAAAAGGAGAGACAAGGGCGGGCUUCAUGCAUUAUGGAUCCCGCCCCCCACCACUGCGGGGCUGCUCUAGGACGAGCCCAGACUCUCGCUUAGCUAUUCAGGCACUGGGCUGGAGAGGGCUUUAAUUUAUUCAAGACGCUUCAUUCAUAUGAAAAUGUAUUUUUGUACAUAAAGAGUUUAUUCUAUUAUUAUGAGCUAUCGAAGUUUACAUUUUUGUACUGCAGAUGCUUCGUGUAAAUAAAAAC